AUGCUGGUGGCAUUUAACAUAUGCGAAUACCUCGAUGCUGUCAGCUUGAUAAACUGCUGCGCUACCAUUCCACGUUGGGGACCGAUCCUCUCACACCCGUUUUUUUUCGCCCGCCUUCGUAAUCACAUCCAACAGUGGGACUGGAUUGAUGAACGUCUCUGGUGCCUACUUUUGCCACAGUCCUGGAGAACUUCAGUACAAUGCGCCACCGAAGUCAUUCAGUAUCGCCAAAGACAAAUUGAAUCCUUCCAACGCACCCUAUCCGAAGCACCCCAGCAUCUACUUCAAAAUCCCGUACACUUUUGGAUUUUCGCUAACACCACUCUGCGAUGGUUACCACCGCACGAGCUGACAGUGCAGCUUAAAAGACCAGAGCUUGUCGAGUCGCCAACGACCACCUAUUCAGUGUGUGUUAGCCACGACGUUACUCGCCGCAUUGUCGUGUGUAAAUGCAGCACUAACCUCGGAGAUCUCGAAUUCCCGCAUCGCAUUAUAGCGGUUCGAGAAGAGACUGAAUCAGACACCUGUGACUGUUUACUUUAUGUGGCUGACCCUUUACGAUUUUCGAUGCGGGAUUUAACUAUCACAUUACUCUCUCUUACCCCAAGUCAACUGUUAAUAAUUGCAGUCGUAGUUGAUGAGAUGAGGGAUAGAUCGGGCAGGAUGGAUUGUCUGCUGACGUUUGCUCAGCGCAUUGGUCACCUCAACCGACAUUUGCUCUCCGCCAUUCCGACACAAUGGAGACUUUGGUGUGUAGAGCGUGGCCAAGAAAACUUCGUCAACUGGACCAGUCUGGUGGAAUGGGGCUGCUGCGAUGUGAUUGCCAAACGAAUGUAG